GAACCCACGUUUUCCCUCCAAAUUCCAAAAUAGGCUCUCCUGAAGUUGAAUCGCUCAUUAUCGUCACCAUUUUAUUUAUUUAUUUAUUUAUUAUGAUUAUCAUAAUCGAAUUUAAUGCUAUGAAAUACUUCUUCUUUAAAUCUCUCCGUCCCUUCAACGACUCCCACUCCGCCCAUCGCCGCCGUUUGCGCGUCGCCGAUAUUCUUCUGGCCGACGAAGGCCACGACGCCGCCGAUUGCAUGGACGCCGUCCAAGAAACGCCGCCGAUGAAACACGGUUCUCCGUCUACCAAUUGCUUUUCCCCUCGGCGGCUUGUCGCUUGGUUGCUGGCGGCGCUGAGAUCGAACAAGGAACUACGAGUUCUGCGACGGCGGCAGAACGAGGCUAGUGAUUCGGAUACGCUGACGAAUAAACUAAAAUGUAGCGACGAGUCAAGAUUGUUACAUGAGAAUGAUACAUCUUUUAAGCUUGGAGUUGGUUGUGGUUUGCUGUAUCUGAUUGCAGCUAGUAAAAAUGAGGUUGGCAAGAUGGUUGAACUGCGGAAAGAAAUGGAAAUGCUUCUCCAAAAUGUGAAAGGGGAACUGCAAAAUAAAGAUGCGCUUUUUAAGCCAUUGAAACAUAGUGAUGCUCUUGCCUUUUCUAUAACUGAUAUUCAAGAAGUUUCAAGUUCUAAUAGUCAUCUUUCUGUUCAUUCACACACACCAUAUAUUCGACCAGAGUCAGAAGGGAAUGUGGUCCAUAAUGGGUUUCUAGAAUGUAACAUUAGUGAACAAGAUGAAUGUGCUGAAGAAAUAAAUGAGCUACAGGCAGAAUUUGAGGUUGAGUUGCAACGGUUGCAGAUGUAUUUGGAUGGAGAAGCUGCAUUUGAAGAUGCCCAACAAGAGAGAAUCGAUGUUGAGGUAACGGUUAAGGAUGCUCAAGCUAAAAGCCACAGUUCAAGUUUAAUGGAACCUCAAGGAGCAAGUUCUGAUGUAUCAUUUGGUGUCCCUCCAGUUGAACUGGAGAGAAGAUUGCAUGAAUUGCUUGAGGCAAGACUGCAAGAACGGAUAACAGAGCUGGAGUCUGCAUUAGAAUGUACCACGCAAAAGCUUAUUGAGAAAGAGAUAGAGGUUACUUGGUGGAAAGACACUGCACGACUUAUCUCACAACAUGUUCCAGAAACUUCUCGGUUUACUUUUCCACUUGAUCCUGAGAUUGUUUUGAAGUUGAGUCAGGUUGUAGGAUAGCUUUUUUUGAAAGACUGUAGUCGAUUGAGUUACCAAAAUGUUGUUAUUAGCAAGUGCAGUUUAAUGAGCUGUUGCUUUUUUGUUUUAUUUUGGGUCUAUUUUUCUGUUUAGUCCUCUGGAGUAAAUAAUGCGUUGGAGGAUGAUUUCAAUGGCUUUGAUGAUUACCAAUGAGAGAAUAGAAUUAAGUAUGAUGUACGUCUUAAUUACGCGU